GGGCUUUGAUUUGACCCCGUCAGGCUCCCGUCGCGGGGACCGGAACGGCGCCGGAGGUUUGCUUCCGGGCGACUCUUUUGCUUCCCUCUCUCCUCCCUCACGCUUUUCCCCUCCCCCUGCUCCCUUUUCCCUUCGGUUUCCUUUCCCAGCGAGGCCGACCCCAGAGUCCGGAGUGUGAGGUCCGCGUGUUGAGAAGGCGCUGUGGUGGCUGGUAGCCGGGAGGUGUAGGAAAUACUGUCAGCCGAGUUUUCUCUUGCAUAUUGAAGGCAGCAGCAUGUCCUCCCUCCCUGGCCGCAUUGGUUUGGAUACAGCCACACGUACAAUGGAGUCAGAAGAAAUUGCAGAGCUUCAACAAGCAGUGGUUGAGGAGCUGGGUAUCUCUAUGGAAGAACUUCGGCAGUUCAUCGAUGAAGAGCUGGAAAAGAUGGACUGUGUACAGCAGCGCAAGAAGCAGCUAGCAGAGUUGGAGACAUGGGUGACACAGAAGGAAUCAGAGGUGGCCCAUGUCGACCAGCUCUUUGAUGAUGCCUCCAGGGCACUGACUAAUUGUGAGUCUGUGGUAAAGGAUUUCUACUCCAACCUGGGGUUACAAUACCGAGACAGUAGUUCUGAGGAUGAAGCUUCCCGGCCUACAGAAAUCAUUGAGAUUCCUGAUGAAGAUGAUGAUGUCCUCAGUAUUGACUCAGGUGAUGCUGGAAGCAGAACUCCAAAAGACCAGAAGCUCCGUGAAGCCAUGGCUGCCUUAAGAAAGUCUGCUCAAGAUGUCCAGAAGUUUAUGGAUGCUGUCAACAAGAAGAGCAGUUCCCAGGAUCUGCAUAAAGGAACCUUGAAUCAGAUGUCUGGAGAACUGAGCAAAGAUGGUGACCUGAUCGUCAGCAUGCGUAUUCUGGGCAAGAAAAGAACGAAGACUUGGCACAAAGGCACCCUUAUUGCCAUCCAGACGAUUGGGCCAGGAAAGAAGUAUAAGGUGAAAUUUGACAACAAAGGAAAGAGCCUGCUGUCGGGGAACCAUAUUGCCUAUGAUUACCACCCUCCUGCUGACAAGCUGUAUGUGGGCAGUCGAGUGGUAGCCAAAUACAAAGACGGGAAUCAGGUCUGGCUCUAUGCUGGCAUCGUAGCUGAGACACCAAACGUCAAAAACAAGCUCAGGUUUCUCAUUUUCUUUGAUGAUGGCUAUGCUUCCUAUGUUACACAGUCUGAACUAUAUCCUGUUUGCCGGCCACUGAAAAAGACGUGGGAGGACAUAGAAGACAUCUCCUGCCGAGACUUCAUAGAGGAAUAUAUCACUGCCUACCCCAACCGCCCCAUGGUGCUGCUCAAGAGUGGUCAGCUCAUCAAGACAGAGUGGGAAGGCACAUGGUGGAAGUCCCGAGUGGAAGAAGUGGAUGGAAGCUUAGUCAGGAUCCUCUUCCUGGAUGACAAAAGGUGUGAGUGGAUCUAUCGAGGAUCUACCAGGCUGGAGCCUAUGUUCAGCAUGAAGACAUCCUCAGCCUCGGCCCUGGAGAAGAAGCAAGGGGGACAGCUCAGAACACGUCCAAAUAUGGGUGCUGUGAGGAGCAAAGGCCCUGUAGUCCAAUAUACACAGGAUCUGACCAGUACUGGAACUCAGUUCAAGUCAAUGGAGCCACCACAGCCUGCAGCCCCAUCUGUCCCACUGUCCCCACCUGUCCCACCCACUCUACCUGCUGCCCCACCUUUGUCCCCCCAGGCAGGUGACAAUGAAAGUUUGGAAAGCCAGCUUGCCCAAUCAAGGAAGCAAGUUGCCAAAAAGAGUACAUCAUUCCGGCCAGGAUCUGUGGGCUCUGGUCAUUCCUCCCCCACAUCUCCUGCACUCAGUGAAACUAUCCCUGGUGGAAAACCUGUAAUCAACCAAACAUUUAGGUCACCUAUAAGCUCAGCAACUUCUACCCCAGCACCUCCAGCACCCCCAGCACCCCCGGCCUUCCAUGGCAUGCUAGAGCGGGCUCCAGCAGAGCCCUCUUAUCGAGCCCCCAUGGAGAAGCUUUUCUACUUACCUCAUGUCUGCAGCUAUACUUGUCUUUCUCGAAUCAGACCUAUGAGAAAUGAGCAAUACCGGGGCAAGAACCCUUUGCUGGUCCCACUGCUAUAUGACUUCCGGCGAAUGACAGCCCGGCGCCGAGUUAACCGGAAGAUGGGUUUCCACGUCAUCUAUAAGACACCCUGUGGCCUCUGCCUUCGAACAAUGCAGGAAAUUGAACGCUACCUUUUUGAGACAGGCUGUGACUUUCUCUUCCUGGAGAUGUUCUGUUUGGACCCUUAUGUUCUUGUAGACAGGAAGUUUCAACCUUAUAAGCCUUUUUACUAUAUUUUAGACAUAACCUAUGGGAAAGAAGAUGUUCCUUUAUCCUGUGUCAAUGAAAUUGACACAACCCCUCCACCCCAAGUGGCCUACAGCAAAGAACGAAUCCCAGGCAAAGGUGUCUUCAUCAACACAGGCCCUGAAUUUCUGGUUGGCUGUGACUGCAAGGAUGGGUGCAGGGACAAGUCCAAGUGUGCCUGCCAUCAGCUAACUAUUCAGGCUACAGCCUGCACCCCAGGUGGCCAAGUCAACCCUAACUCUGGGUACCAGUACAAGAGAUUAGAAGAGUGUCUGCCCACGGGAGUUUAUGAGUGUAACAAACGCUGCAACUGUGACCCACACAUGUGCACAAAUCGAUUGGUGCAACAUGGACUGCAGGUUCGGCUACAGCUGUUUAAGACACAGAACAAAGGCUGGGGGAUCCGCUGCUUGGACGACAUUGCCAAAGGCUCCUUUGUCUGUAUUUAUGCAGGCAAAAUCCUGACAGAUGACUUUGCAGACAAAGAGGGCCUGGAAAUGGGUGACGAGUACUUUGCCAACCUGGACCACAUUGAAAGCGUGGAGAACUUCAAGGAGGGCUAUGAGAGUGAUGCCCCUUGUUCCUCUGACAGCAGUGGUGUAGACUUGAAGGACCAGGAGGAUGGCAACAGUGGCACAGAGGACGCUGAGGAGUCCAACGAUGACAGCUCAGAUGACAACUUCUGUAAGGAUGAGGACUUCAGCACCAGCUCGGUGUGGCGCAGCUAUGCCACCCGGCGACAGACCCGGGGCCAGAAGGAGAAUGGACUAUCUGAGACAGCUUCCAAAGACUCCCGACCCCCAGACCUUGGGCCUCCAUCAGUCCCUGGAGGUGGCUGCAAUCCACCAUCCUCUGAAGAAACGCCCAAGAACAAGGUGGCGUCAUGGCUGAGCUGCAAUAGCGUCAGUGAAGGAGGCUUUGCUGACUCAGAUAGCCGUUCAUCCUUCAAGACUAGUGAAGGUGGGGAGGGCCGGGCCGGGGGAGGCAGAGGGGAGAUUGAGAAGGCCUCCACCUCAGGGCUGAGCUUCAAGGAUGAAGGAGAUGUCAAGCUGCCCAAGAAAGAGGAACCUGAUGACCGAAAUAAGAUGCCACUGGUCACAGAAAGCUCUAGAAAUUAUGGUUACAACCCUUCUCCCAUGAAGCUGGAGGGGCUUCGCCGCCCACCUAGUAAGACAAGUAUGCAUCAAAGCCGAAGACUCAUGGCCUCCGCUCAGUCCGCGACUGAUGAUGUCCUGACACUGUCCAGCAGCACAGAAAGUGAGGGAGAGAGUGGGACCAGCCGGAAGCCCACUGUUGGUCAGACUUCAGCCACUGCAGUUGACAGUGAUGACAUCCAGACCAUCUCUUCAGGCUCUGAAGGAGAUGACUUUGAGGACAAGAAGAACCUGUCUGGCCCAACAAAGCGCCAAGUAGCAGUAAAAUCAACCCGAGGCUUCGCUCUUAAAUCAACCCAUGGGAUUGCUAUUAAGUCAACCAACAUGGCAUCUGCAGAGAAAGGCGAGAGUGCCCCAGUCCGUAAGAACACACGCCAGUUCUAUGACGGUGAGGAGUCCUGCUACAUCAUUGACGCCAAGCUGGAAGGCAACCUGGGCCGCUACCUCAACCACAGUUGCAGCCCCAACCUGUUUGUCCAGAAUGUCUUCGUGGAUACUCAUGAUCUUCGCUUCCCUUGGGUGGCCUUCUUUGCCAGCAAGAGAAUCCGGGCUGGAACAGAACUCACUUGGGACUACAACUAUGAGGUGGGCAGUGUGGAAGGCAAAGAGCUGCUCUGCUGCUGUGGGGCCAUUGAAUGCAGAGGCCGUCUUCUUUAGGAGAACCUUUUCCAGGUUCCUCCUGAACUGUCCUUCCCUCAGGAAAAGUAUUCCUGACUGUUGAACUCUGACUCUCAAGUCUCCAAUCCAGCUAUUCUCCCAGCUCCUAAUAGAUAGAAAUGGGGGUUCUGGAUCAGGACAUCCCUUCCUAUGUGGUGCUAGCAGGCAGGGUACUUCUCCCACCUCCUGAGGCUCUCGCAGGAGGGGACUUGGCCACUCUGACCUGGACCUGGCGUCCUCUCACUGGCCAUCAAGCCCAGCCUCCUCCUCUGAAGUGUUCAUGCUUCUAACAGAGUCUAUUCCUGAAUGAGGGCUGUGCAUCUAAUAUCCCUGGUUUGUAUUUGUUUCUUGAAAGUCUUUUAACAAGAUGUUAAAACUGA